CGAUAGGAUGGGAUUCAGGCAAUGGACACAGGGCGCGGCAUUGACGAACAGCACUGGGUAGUGAAAAGAUCAGAACCCAAGAGAGAGGUCGUCAGUGGGAGGGGGUGGAUAAAAGACAACUUAGCUGGAAUGGAAACCGGAAUGAGCACAGAGAGUGGGAGUAUGACAGAGGAUAGCGGAAAGAAGCGAACUGGAGUAAGUACAGGCAGUGGGGGUAUGACAGAGGACAGUAUAAGCAAGCUACAGCCUUCUUCUUUACAAACAUGCCGGAGGACUGGAAUUACUCAGAUAUGUGGAGAACGUUUGGCAAGUUUGGAAGGGGAGCUUGAGAACCAGCUUGAUCAAAUAAAGGUGGAGGGGCUUAAAUUAUGGGUAAAUAUUGCCAAAUACCCAGAGGAGAAAGUUAAUGAGGCGACAGUAAGGAGAAUCAUCCCAUCAAAAGGAAUUGUCCAUGGGAAAUCAUACGCUGAUGCGGUUCGAGGACAAGGAGGGUGUGGAUUCGAGAAAAUAGUAGAGAAGAUACUUGCGAGGCCCAUGAAGUAUGAUGAAGGAAAUAACAGAGCCCAUGCAAGUCAGAAGCAGUCGAAGACUAGGCAAGUAUGGAAGCAGAAAAACAGAGGAGAGGAGUGGCCAGGUCUGGAGUUUAAUGUGAAAGAAAAAGAGUUUCAGUGGCUACAAGGAUGCUAUGUGGGAAUUGCUCACUCAGUGGAGAUUGUACCCAAUCUACAAGAGAAGUUCUACAUGGAAGGGUACUUCUCAUGUAGAUUAAGAGCUAUGGGGGGGAAAUUGGUCCUUAUGGACGGGGAGAACAAAGAUGAAAUUAAGGACUUAGUGGAGGGAGCCUCAGAGUGGCUUGGUCAUUGGUUUUCAGAGGUAAAACCAUGGUCACCCUCAAUGGUAGCAAAAGAAAGGUUUGUUUGGAUGAGGUGCCAGGGAGCUCCUUUGCAUGCUUGGAGCCCAAAAUUCUUUGAAGAGCUGGCAUUAGUUUGGGGGAAAUGUAUAUGCUUGGAUGAUAGCACAAGCAAAAAGAGAAGGUUUGAUGUAGCAAGAUUCCUAUUAUCAACAACAAUAAUGGAUACAAUCUACGUUCACCGGAAAGUUAAAGUCAAUGGGAUUAUAUAUGAGCUGAAGUUCUCAGAGGAGGAAUUGACAAAUAGUCUCUUCUCACUGAAGUAUGUUUUCAGGCCGUCUUUUAAUAGCGACUCAGAGCUUGAUGAGUCUUGGUUGGAUGCCUCUGAUUAUACAACAAGUUUUGAUGAAGAUAGCGGUGGAGCAGAAAUUGGGGGUGAAGCAGGCGAGGAUAUUGCAGGCAGAGAAACAUUUCCGAGCAAGAAGAGAGGAAGUAGGUUGGCUGUCACUUCAAACUCAGAAGAAAAAUUUGAAUUUGAAGGAAAGAGCAAUGAUGAGGAUUGGUCAGAAAAGAAGGGUAGGCUUUCACAUAGCAGAUUAGGUGAGGAAGAGUUUGUUGAUGUUGUUGCAGAUAGUUUUGAAAUGGAUAUGGAAGAGGAUGACGCAGGGGAGAGAGUUGAUUUGGGAAUAUGUGUAUCAGGAAAUAAGGUCGGUGAAGGAAGGUCAAAAGAAUAUUGGGCCGGUGAAAGAAGAAAUGAUAGUCCACAAAUGGGGAUUGAAUUGAGGCCCGAUGAGGGAGUUAAAGAGAAGCACUCAACGGAAAAAGCGAAAAAAAAAAAAAAAGGCACGAUGGUUCUGGAGAAUGGAAGCUCCUGUAGCAGUGAGAGGGGUUGUUCAGAAGGGGGCAGGGAAGAGGAGUCGGGCGCAGCACAGAAAAAAGACAAGAAAAAGAGGAAGAAAAGGAGCAAGAAAAGGAGCAAAUCGUGCACAUCAGUUUAUCAAAAAUCAAUUCUUUUGGGAUUUCUGAAGCAGAAGAAGAAAAACAGGGGUAGAUGUGGUGCGAGGCAAUCGGAGGAAGAAGCAGUGCCGGUGUUCUUUCCAAGCAUAAGCAACUCAAUAAUAGGCGGAUCCGUAGAAGAUAGCGGUAUUCAAAAUUGCAACCGACUGCUCAAGGAAGUCCCCAACAAGCAGAUAGCUAAUGAUAUAUGGGAGUUCGUGAAGAAGAUAGGGGCAGUUGCAGAGGAAGAAGAUUCGGUCAUCAAGAAGCUUGAGGAGAUGGAGAGGAGAUAUAGAACAACAAAGGAGAAAGAAAGCUUAAAGGGCCCGAAUAAGGAUCAGAAGGAGACUAAGAAGAGUGGAAUAGAUAGAAAAUUUUGUAGUUUGCUUUGGGGGUCAGAGGAGUUUGAAUGGGUGGCUAAGGAUCCGACAGGAUUGUCGGGAGGUACGGUUUGUAUAUGGAAUUCUAAAGCACUCAGAAUGAUAAAAGUUUGGGAGGGAGAGAAUUUUAUUGGGAUACAGGGGAAGUGGGUAGCAGAGGAUGUUUGUGUUAAUAUCAUCAAUAUUUACUCUCUGUGUCAAUUAGUGGGUAAAAGAAGUCUAUGGGAGGAUUUAAAAGAACUAGUUCUGCAGACAAGAGGGCUAUGGUGUCUUGUGGGUGACUUUAACAUGGUAAAGAAUGUAGAGGAGAAAGUGGGAAGCAAAGCAGUAACUAUUGAGAUGAGGGAGUUUAAUAAUUUUAUUAUGGAAUCUGAACUGAUUGACAUACCAUUAAUGGGCAGAAAAUAUACAUGGUAUCAAUCAAGUGGCAACUUGAUGAGUAGAAUUGACAGACACAAAGAGAGUAUGCUGCAGCAGAAAUCCAAGAAAGCAUGGCUAGCGAAGGGUGAUGCAAACAUGAAAUUUUUCUACAAUUGUGUGAAGGGGAGAUGGAAGAGGAAUGAAAUCAACAACAUUCAUGUAAAAGGGGUUCAGAUUAUAGGGGCUAACAAGCUGAAAGAAGAAAUUGCCUCCUUUUUUGAGGAAACAUUCACGGAGGAGAAGUGGAGGAGACUAGCGGUAAAAAGACUCCAAUUCAAACAAAUCUCUCCAGCAGAUAAUGUCUUUCUCACUGCACCUUUUUCUGAAGAAGAGAUCAAGACAGCGGUUUGGGACUGUGAAAGUUCAAAAUCACCGGGUCUGGAUGGAUUUAAUUUUAAAUUCAUCAAGAGUGAAUGGGAGACAAUCAAAAGGGAUGUUAUUGAAUUUCUGCAUGAAUUUCAAAAGAAUGGCAAACUUGUGAAGGGUCUAAAUACAUCAUUCAUAGUUCUUGUGCCAAAAGUAGAGAAUCCUCAGAAAAUUGAAGAGUAUAAACCAAUUUCACUGAUCGAGGGAAUAUACAAAAUCCUUGCAAAGUUGCUUGCUAACCGACUUAAAAAGGUGCUGGCUAGAAUAAUUGGUGAACAUCAAAUGGCUUUUUUAAGCGGUAGGCAAUUAAUGGAUGGGGUGGUCAUAGCAAACAAGUUAGCUGGAGAUUUCUCGAUUUCAUGUUGCAAAGUUGGGUUUUUCAAAUACAUGGAGAAAAUGGAUAAUGGAGUGCCUAAGAUCAAGUAUGGUGUCGAAGGGAUUAACGGGCUGAUUUUGAAGGCAGCGGAGAAAGGUUUCCUUGAAGGUGUUGAAGUGGGAAAUAAAGGCUUCAAGGUCACUCAUCUCCAAUAUGCAGAUGAUACAUUGAUGUUUGGCACAGCUACUGAUGAAAAUGUAUGGGUUAUGAAGAGCAUUUUGAGGGCAUUCGAGCUGGUAUCGAGGCUAAAGAUAAAUUUCAACAAAAGUCAGCUCAUUAGCAUUGGAGUCAAGGAAGAGUGGUUAGAAAAAAUGGCAUGGGUAUUGUGUUGCAAAAAAGGAAGCUUGCCUUUUAAAUAUUUGGGGAUACCCAUUGGGGGGAGAAGUGGGAAGCUCUCAUUCUGGAAACCAGUGCUAGAGGGUGUGACCAAAAAAUUGUCCACAUGGAAAGGGAGAUACCUAUCUCUAGGAGGAAGGAUCACUCUCAUUAACUCAGUGCUGUCCAGUCUACCCGUGUUUUGGAUGUCCGUGUACAUGAUCCCAAACACCCUCUAUGGAAAGAAAGAUGAGGGACACAAAGAGAGAGAGAGGAAGACAGAGAGAAAGAGGAGGCGAUCAUCGGACACGGGGAAGAGGGACAACACAGGGCAGAGAGCAUGCAAGAUCUCAGGGAAGAAGCCAUCAAAGGUGGAAGGAAGCGAAGGCAUAGAGGGUAGCGCAGCCACUCCAUAUUUUUUCACAAAUUUUCCAGAGGAAUGGAGUUGUGCAGACAUGUGGAACACUUUCCGAAAAUAUGGUAGAGUCUAUGACAUAUACAGUCCAAAUAGGAAGAGCAGAAAUGGGUGUAGAUUUGGAUUUGUUAGAUUCUUGAAUGUUAAGGAUAAAAAGGAGCUUGAGAAGCAUCUAGACCAGAUUUGGGUGGGGGAGAAAAAAUUAUGGGUGAACUCCCCAAAGUAUGAAGAUGAGCAGAAAGCUGAUAGGGGAAGAAGAAAUUGUCAAACCAUGGAGCCAGUAGUGCAGAGGAGAAGUUAUGCCGAAGUAGUACGAGGCCAACAGUAUGGAAAUAAUGAGGAGCUAAGAAGCAAGAAUAGUGAGACUCAGUUGGAGGAGAAUGGGGAGAACAAAAACAGAAAUAGACAGGAAGAGAGAAAGAAGGAUGAAAAGAAAAUGUGGCAGGAGAAAGGAGUGGGUAAAAGGUGGGCGGGUUUGGAAUAUAAUGUGCAGCAAGAGGAUAGUGCAUGGCUAGAUCACUGUUAUGUGGGUUUGGCUCAUUCGAUUGAAAUCGUCCGUAAUUUGCAGGAAAAGUUCUACAUGGAGGGCUAUUUUUCAUGUCGAAUCCGCGCUAUGGGGGGAAAGAUGGUGCUGUUAGAUUGUGGGGAGAAAGGGGAAUUAGAGGACUUGGUAGAGAUGGCCUCACAGUGGUUAGGACAGUGGUUCGAAUGGGUACGACCUUGGUCAGCAGAUAUGGUUGUUAAGGACAGAUUUGUGUGGAUUAGGUGUCAAGGAGCACCAUUAAACGUAUGGGGAACAACCUUCUUUGAAUCCAUGGCCUGCUCAUGGGGAAAAUUCAUGUGUUUGGAUGAUAGCACAAGUAAAAGAAAAAGGUUUGACAUUGCGAGACUCUUGAUCUCAACUCAGAUUAUGGACAAUAUUUCAGUUAUGCGUCAAAUUAAAAUCAAUGGGUCUCUGUACAAUCUGAAAUUCACGGAGGAGGAAUGUUCUACUAACUUCUUCUCCUUGAAACAAGAUUUCAUGCCCACCUUUCAGAGUGAUUCAAAGGAUCAUGAAUCAUGGUCAGUUGAUGCUGGAAAUGAGGGCUUUGAUUCCGAAGAAGCCGCAGAAACAGAGCAGGAAAAAGAAGACAAUGACGGGCUAGAGGUUGAAGAUGAUGUGGUGGCAAACAAUAGUGUGGAGUCCAACGGAAACUUUGACCCACAAGCAUUGGAAGAAGGGACAAAAGCUGCAGAAGCAAUGUCAGUAACCUCAAUUCAAAUUCAAAAAGAGGAUGAGAGAGUGAACAGUGCAGGAGACAAAGGGGUGGCGUGGCAGAUAGGGAAGAUGGAUACGGUUGCAAGUAAAUAUGAUGGAAAGAAUGCGGGCUCACUGGAAAGGCAUGGGAUGAAGCAAAUGGGGAGGCCGAACUCGCAUGAGGGCAGCCCAAGCUAUGCAGCUUCAUAUCACUUGGGUUUGGCCCAAGAGAAAUGUAAAGGGCCAAACCCAAGCGCAGAAAGUAUAAAAGGGAAGCCCAACAGCAGGAAGCAAUUGGCAGAAUCGGGAAAAUGUGCAGAAAAAGAAGUGGAGGCGUCUAGAAGCAAUGGAUAGGUGGCAGAAGUGGAAGAAAGUGAAGAUAGUGUG